AUGGCAUUGCCUCGGCGCGCCCUCGCAGCCGCCUGGUGCUGCACCGUCGCCGUCGCGCUCGCGCCAGCACCACACACCAACGCGCCGCGGCUCUGGCUCGGCGACGACCGCACGGCGGACGCGGCGAGCGUCUGGGAGCUGUCGCCGGCGCAGCACCGCUACGUGGCCACGGUCAUGCGCCUGCGCGAGGGCGACGCCCUGCGCUGCUUCGGCGCGGCCAUGGGCGAGUGGGCGUGCGCCGUGGAAACGACGACGCGCCGGGGCACGACGGUCGCGGCCGCGGUCCAGACGCGGCCGCCGCCGGGCGACGAGACGCCGCGUCUCGACCUCUACUUCGCGCCCCUGCGGAAGAAGCGGACGUCGCUGCUCAUCGAGAAGGCCGUGGAGCUGGGCGCGACGCGGCUCGCGCCCGUGAAGACGGAGCGCGUCGAGCGGGCGUCGCUCGCGGCGCUCGGAGCGGGGAUCCACGCGAGCGCGGUCGAGGCGGCGGAGCAGUGCGAGCGGCUGCGGGUGCCCGUCGUCGAGGACGUCGUGGAUCUCGCGUCGCCGCUCGGAGACCUGCCG